ACGCUUGCAGCAGGCUGGAGCAGAAAGCAUAGAAACAGUGGUCGAAAACAGCAGCGCCAACAGCCGCAGCCUUUGAAACCUUUCCGUUGAGAAUAGCUGGAUAGGGGAAAGCUUGGCAGUGACAUCCCUUGGAAGAGGCGUGUGUGCUUCAGCCAAUCCACCUAGGAACUUAAAAGCAGUGUGCUGAUGAACAGCAGAUCUUUCAGAGCCUGGUGCCUUCGCCACAAGAGCCGGGAGAGAGGAAGGCAAGAAAUCAUCCAGACCGUCUGAAGGGAGAGCAUUUCCUUGCAUCAUAAUUAAGAAGCAGGGGGGGGGGGGGAGAGAAAGAAGCAGUUCUUUGAAGAGCAUCUCAAAUGGACAAGUGGGGCCUCUGGAGAGAUGCUGUCAUGAUUUUUGCUCCCUCUUUACCGAGAUAAAAAGGAACCAUCCCAGAAGCCUCCAACACAGAUCUUUGGGGGGGUCCUUUUUGGCUAUUGUUCUCAUCUUCCAUUUAUGCAUUGCUAUUUGUUGACCUUUCGCGCUGGAGUCUCUGCCCCCGACUUUCCCAGUUGCUCUACCCUGUACAGUUCCAGCUGAGAAGAGGCACCGUUUCCCCCCCAAAACCGUGCCACAAAGCACCCAUGUGGUACCUUCCAUGAACAAUGAGGGGUUGAGAGUCUUUCGUCAAGGUGGUAGGACACUUGGACCCUUCCACGGGAAAUAAAACCAGAAGCGAAGGAACGAGGAAAGAGUGCAACAGAAACCACUAGCAAAGAAGGAAAGGGACAAGCCCCUUUUUUCUUGAAAGUGUGCCAUCCGAGGCAGAGAACAUCAACAGACUAAGAUACUCCAGGAGUGGAGAUGAGAAGACAAACAGUAGUAAACAAGAAUGAUUGAUUGCAUCACGACAGCCCAAAACAGUCUUUUAUAUCUGCUUCUGGCUAGCAACUCUUUCUGAGGCCCGCAUGAUGCCUGAAGACAGGAAUACUGGGGUCCGUGCCUCGGGUACCCUGGCAUCGUCUCCUUUUGUUCCCAAAACUACUUACAGGAGGAUUAAGCGAUGUUUUAGCUUCCGAAAAGGAAUAUUUGGGCAGAAGCUGGAAGACACCGUUCGCUAUGAGAAACGAUAUGGAAACCAUUUGGCUCCGUUGCUGGUAGAACAGUGUGUGGAUUUUAUUCGUCUGCGGGGGUUGAAGGAGGAAGGACUUUUCCGAUUGCCGGGCCAGGCUAACCUCGUCAAAGAGUUACAGGAUGCCUUUGAUUGUGGAGAGAAGCCACUGUUUGACAGAAAUACAGAUGUCCACACAGUGGCCUCACUGUUGAAACUCUACCUCAGGGAGUUGCCGGAGCCGGUUAUCCCAUAUUCCAAAUAUGAAGAGUUUCUCUCCUGUGCCAAAAUGCUCAGCAAAGAAAAGGAAACGGAGAACGGAGCUGGAAAGCAGGGGCUGAAUGAACUAGCAAAGCAAGUGAAGAAUUUGCCGCUCGUCAACUUUAAUCUACUCAAGUACAUUUGCAGAUUCUUGGAUGAAGUUCAGUCCUAUUCUGGAGUCAACAAAAUGAGUGUGCAAAAUCUUGCAACCGUGUUUGGCCCCAACAUCCUACGUCCCAAAGUAGAAGAUCCUCUGACAAUCAUGGAAGGUACUGUGGUGGUUCAGCAAUUAAUGUCCAUGAUGAUAAGUGAACAUGAGCUGUUGUUUCCCAAGGAUGCAGAGUCUCAAAGUGGACAGGAGGUUUGCAACAACAACAACGAGGUCCAAAAGAAAGUGAUCAUUGGUCAGCUGCAGAACAGAGAGAAUAAUAAUACCAAGGAGUCGUCCCCUGUAAGGCAAUGUUCAUGGGACAAGCCUGAAUCCCCUCAAAGAACCAUGGUGGACAAUGGAUCUCCUACAGCUCAGCCCGGAAGCAAAUCAAACAGUCCAAGGAACAGCAUUCACAAACUGGACAUGACCAGGAGUCCGCCCCUUACAGUGAAAAAGAACCCGGCAUUUAAUAAAGGGAGUGGGAUAGUCACCAACGGCUCCUUCAGCAGUUCUGUAGAGAGUCAGGAGAAAACGUCACCCUCGCUACCCAACGGUACCUUGCAGAGCAGAAGAACAUCUUCUCUGAAAGGGCCGGUAACCAAAAUGGGCACGCACAGCAUGCCGAACGGAGGGGUGAGGAUGGGUAUCUCCAGCACUGAUGCCCACAGCAACUCUUUGAACAGCCGUUGCCAGAGCUGGAUGCCUAAUGGGUAUGUGACCUUGAGAGACAACAAGCAGAAGGAGCCCAUGAGUGACUCGGGCCAACACAACAGACUUUCCACUUACGACAACGUGCACCAACAGUUCUCGGCAGUGAAUGCUGAAGAUAAGCAGAGUGUGGACAGCGCAACUUGGUCUACGUCCUCGUGUGAGAUAUCCCUCCCAGAACAUUCCAACUCCUGCCGCUCGUCCACCACCACGUGUCCCGAGCAGGACUUUUAUGGGAGCAAUUUUGAAGACCCAGUUUUAGAUGAGCCCCAACAGGACAAUCUCCUGAACCUGGCUGAGGGUGAGAGCAAAGUUGAGCGGAGAAGCGUGGGGGGACGAAGCAGCAGGGCUACAAGCAGCAGUGACAACAGUGAAACCUUUGUGAACAACACAGGCAAUCACAGUGCUUUGCACAGCCUGGUGUCCAGCUUAAAGCAGGAAAUGACCAAACAAAAGCUGGAGUACGAAACGAGGAUAAAAAGCCUUGAACAGCGGAAUCUCUCACUGGAGACUGAAAUGAUGAACCUCCAUGAUGAAUUGGAUCAAGAGAAGAAGAAGUUUACGAUGGUCGAAAUCAAAAUGCGCAAUGCCGAGCGAGCCAAAGAUGACGCGGAGAAACGGAACGACAUGCUGCAGAAGGAGAUGGAGCAGUUUUUCUCAACGUUUGGGGAGCUCACCGUUGAGCCGCGUAGGACAGAGCGAGGGAACACCAUAUGGAUUCAGUGAGGGCUGUUCCUGCCCCUGAAGAAGACUGUGGGAUUCUGGGAAGAGGAUAGCUGUGGUAUUUUAUUGCAUUGUUCCUCAACCUUGGUGACUUGAAGGUGCGUGGACUUCAACUCCCAGAAUUCCCCAGCCAGCAUAGCUGAGGAAAAGAAUUCUGGGAGUUGAAGUCCAUGCACCUUCAAGUCACCAAGGUUGAGAAACACUGUUUUAUUGUAACAGGUGGCUGGUCACCUGACUGAGGCUAGAACUCAAUGUAAUGUUACGAGACCUCCAGAGACUCUUCAUAACUGCAUCAACCCACCAUGCGUCUGCAAGUUGCUUCUCAGUUGAGAAAUCCAUCAUCAUGCUACUGUUAAGUGUUACAGCAGGCUUUGGGCAUCUAGAUUUUAAAUAGGUUAUGUGGGACAGGGAGGGGCAGUACGAUAGAAAGAAGCAAAAGAUUAUUUUAAUGCAAGUCUUAUAUUUAAACUGUCAGAUGUUAACUUCAUUGCAAUCCAGCUUUUCUCCCUUGCACUUAACAUAGUAAGCUAUUUUUGGCCUUGUGUUAUAAUCAGCUAAUUUUGUAUAUUAUUUCCCCCUCUCUCCUUCGGUUGCCCCAUCACUGCAAAAUUAAUUAUAUAAUAUAUAUAUAUAUAUGUAUAAUAUAUGUAUAUU